AUGCCCACCUUAACCACCACUUUGUUGCUACUCACCGUACUGGUCGUGCUGCUGCCUGCAGAAGCAUACGCGUUCGGAGCAGGCGAUAUCCCCGAUUUUUCAUAUCUGAACGACAAAGCUUUCCGUCAUGGAGAUAUUGAAAACAUCCUCACUGAACUGCUCAAAUCGACGGGGAGUACUGCUGCAGGAGGUGGACUCCUUGAAUUCGCGCAAACUAUCUUGUCUGCAGGAUCUGGUGGAUCUAAAUUUAAUAAAGGGGAUGUGAAGAAAGUGUACUUCGGUAACUGGUUGCGUGACUACUCUCAGGCGAUGGAUAUUGCUGGCUUGCAGAAGCUUUCUGCGGAUACCUUGGUUCUCAUUGUCGCUGUCCUCGGCUUUAUGACAUUUGGAUUUGCUACGGAGGAGUUUGAGGUCACUGCCGAGAGAUUAGGCGUGUACUUACCUGUAGAACACAUCGACAAUCCGAAGGGCUACGCAGAGAAAGAGGGCGAUGCUCGCCAAUUCCAUCCGAAGCUUCGUCCUCCCGUAGACCCUCGGGAACUUGAGAUUGAUCCCCGCACUGGCAUGAAGAAAUAUAUGGCCACCGAAGGGCACGGCUGGGAUACCUCCACAGCUCACAUUCGACGCACGCUCCGAGCCUGCAUCGAGCACGGCCGUCGAUCACGCGGUCGGGAAGGUGCAGACUUGUUCGAAGCCUAUCGGCUUCUCGGUACAGGUCUGCAUACUUUGGAGGAUCUGCUUGCCCACAGUAAUUGGUGUGAGCUUGCGCUCAGGAAAAUGGGUCAUGAGCAAGUAUUCUGCCAUGUCGGAGACGAUGUUAUUGUUGAUACACCCAAUGGUCCUGCUCCCCCCUUGAUCACUGGGACCUUUGGAAGCGCCGACUUUAUGCACUCAAUGAUGGGAGAGGCAACCGAUCACUUGAGUCAGGCAUCAGUUACUGAUCUCUCUCAGAAGUUGAGCGACGCAUCCAGUUCGGAUCAGAACUCCAAUAUUUCUAAACUCAAGGACCUGCUAUCCAAGCUCCCACUUGGAGGCGAUAGCUCCUCGCAGAUGGGCGAGGCUGAGUCUCUCCAAGCAUCCUCUAAAGCGUAUAGCUUUAACCCGGACGAUGUCGCGCCGAAGGAAGUUCAGCAGCAGCUGUGGGCUUUAUUGAAGUGGAGGGAUGGGGUAUACCGCGACGUGCUCGAGAAAAUCGAGAAGAUACCUGGUUUGUCGGAAUUGAUCGAUGGCAUCACAGAUGCACUGAAUGCCUAUGUAUACACCAUCUUGACACCCUGGUUGACACCAAUCUUGAAACAAACUACAGAUGUUCUUGGUGAGGGUAGCAAGGCCGUCAUUGAUUCUGAUGACCAGUACGAAGUCUUCAAUGACCCACGUGCCUCUGACCCGUCACACAGCCUGCUUUCCAAGGACCACUUCCAACUCAUCCUGAACGAGCCUGCUGGGAAGAUUGCACAGGUGGUGGUGCAAAACACAGUGAACCUCAUUGUAAAGGCAUGGUUCGACGAGAGCGAGGAUCCCAAUCAGGUCAUCAAUCAGGUCCUUGAAGCCUUCCAUCACCCAUAUUACAACACUGGCAACUCACAAAUUCAGCAUGCCAUGUUUGAUGCCAUGGACAAGUGGAUAGGCGGUCAAGGAAGCGAGAGAGAGACCACACUGGAGGCACUGACCAAGGAAAGUGUUCGCGAAGGCAAGAACAAGCGCCAGGGCUCGGAUGAUGAGACCGCUGCUACCCCAGGUGGCGCUCACUCGUAUGACCAGGGUGCAUACGGCAGGACCAGUCAAUAUACUGCAAGCCAGGACUAUACUUCGUCGCAGGGCGGCGGUUACAAUCAACCCCAAGGGCGCCGGUAUGACGAAGAACCAAUUGGUUACGGCGGGGGGAGCCGUACGGGCUAUAGCCGUACAGAAUCAAACUACCAGCCUCCCGAGGAACCUCCUUACGGCCGAGGAAGCGAAACACUUUAUGGGCGAGGUGAUUCUCGGCCCUCAUACGGUAGGCAGGAGGAAGGCGGUUAUGGCGGAGGAAGAGACGAAGAACCGCCUUAUGCCAGGAGGCAGGAACAAUACCGAAGUGAGGUACGAUCCUAUGAUAGACGCCAAGAUGACGAAGGAGGAUACAGGCCGUCAUACACCAGUGGAGGAUCAGAAGGGUACGCUGGAGGUGAAGGUUAUGGAUCUCGCCGUGAAGAAGGAUACGAGCGUCCAUCAGAUUACGGGGGAGACUCGUUCAGAAGGAGCGAGCAAACCGAACCUGUAGAGCCGAGAGACCACCAACACCAUAGCCAUCAUGAUGACCGCCGCCAGGAAUACGAUUCUAGUGGUCAGGAAUAUGGCAGAGGUGGGGAAGAAUAUGAUGCGGGCCGCCAGGGGCCUGAGAGGGAGACGGUUGGAUACGGCGCAAGCCGAGAGGAGUACGGAAGCGGCACGGAGCAAUAUGGUGGAGGUAGGGAGGUUUAUGAAAGCCAGAGACGCCCCGGAUACGGAGAAGAACAACUCAGUGGAUAUAGAGACAAUGAAUCUUCUCCGUAUGCUGAGCCUCCAAGACAGUAUGGCGGUUCCGGCUAUGGAGGUGGUCCUGGAGGAUACGCUGAAGACGAACGCCGAGGUUUGCAUCGUGGCGAAGAAUCCUAUACCGAAAACGAAGACGAGACAUUUGGCGCGGAAAGACUGAAUCUCAACGAAGGUUACCAGCGGCGUGGUGGAUAUGGAGGAUCCGGGUACACCCAGGAGGACUACUGA